AAGUGUGUGAUAAACGACACUGCAUCGCACAAAGCGACUGCUAAACAAGCUCAACAAGAACCCACAGUUUUGCUCUUAGCAGAACCCAGAAUUGGAGACCUAGAUCUGGACCAUGGUGACUAACAGCUAAGCAAUCCUACUCAACAUUUCUGGGAAUCUUUGAAUCGCACAAGUUGAUCGUGUCACGUUCUAAUCUCCAAGGGAAUAUAUAGGAAUCUGUUUCUCAUGGAGUUGGAUAGCAAGUUUCUGAACACUGGUCUUCUUAUAGUGGCCACGAUUGUUGUGGCCAAGCUGGUUUCUGCUUUCAUAGUUCCAAAAUCGAGGAAGCGUCUUCCUCCUGUGGUGAAAUCAUGGCCACUGGUCGGUGGCUUGUUCCGAUUUUUGAAGGGACCGAUCGUGAUGCUGCGCGAGGAGUAUCCUAAGGUUGGGAGUGUGUUCACGUUGAGGCUGUUUCAUAAGAAUGUAACGUUCUUCAUUGGACCUGAGGUGUCUGCUCACUUCUUUAAAGCUUCAGAGUCUGAUCUUAGCCAGCAGGAGGUGUAUCAGUUCAAUGUUCCUACGUUUGGGCCUGGAGUGGUGUUUGAUGUUGAUUACUCCAUUAGACAGGAGCAGUUCCGCUUCUUCACUGAGGCUCUGAGAGUGAAUAAACUCAAGAGCUAUGUAGAUCAGAUGGUCAUGGAAGCUGAGGACUACUUUUCUAAGUGGGGACCUAGUGGUGAGGUGGACUUGAAGUAUGAGUUAGAACAUCUGAUCAUCCUGACAGCUAGCAGAUGUCUCCUGGGCCGGGAAGUUCGUGAUAAGCUGUUUGAUGACGUUUCUGCUUUGUUCCAUGACCUAGAUAAUGGAAUGCAACCUAUCAGUGUCCUCUUUCCAUACCUGCCCAUCCCAGCUCAUAAGCGUCGUGAUCGAGCUCGCAAGAGGCUCGCUGAAAUCUUUACCAGCAUCAUAGCAUCCCGCAAAUCCAAGGGUGUAUCAGAGAAUGACAUGCUGCAGUGCUUCAUUGAUUCGAAGUACAAAGAUGGUCGCCCAACAACAGAAGCUGAAGUAACUGGAUUGCUCAUUGCUGCACUUUUUGCGGGACAGCACACCAGCUCAAUUACAUCCACUUGGACAGGGGCAUAUCUCCUGUGUCAGAAGCAGUAUCUUUCUGCUGUAUUGGAGGAGCAGAAGGAAAUAAUGGGCAAGUAUGGUGACAGGGUUGAUCAUGAUAUCUUGGCCGAAAUGGACGUCCUGUAUCGGUGCAUUAAAGAAGCCUUGAGGCUCCACCCUCCUCUAAUCAUGCUGAUGCGAAGCUCACACAGCGAUUUUAGUGUCAAAACACGAGAAGGGAAAGAGUAUGAUAUUCCAAAGGGUCAUAUAGUUGCUACCUCCCCUGCUUUUGCAAAUCGCUUACCCCAUGUUUUUAAGGAUCCUGAUAGGUAUGAUCCUGAUAGAUUUGCCCCAGGAAGGGAAGAGGACAAGGUGGCCGGGGCCUUCUCUUACAUCUCAUUUGGAGGCGGCAGGCAUGGAUGCCUCGGAGAGCCCUUUGCGUAUUUGCAGAUUAAGGCAAUUUGGAGUCAUUUGCUGAGGAAUUUUGAGCUGGAAUUAGUGUCACCUUUUCCUGAGAUUGACUGGAAUGCCAUGGUUGUUGGUGUGAAAGGAAAAGUGAUGGUCCGAUACAAACGCAGGGAGCUUCAAGUUCAUCAAUAAGAGCACAUUUUCAGCUUUUGUCUUAAUAAGUUCGUUGGUGAAAUCAGACAAAAGCUCAAAAAUGCUACUUCUCUGCAUAGCUAAACUUUGAUGCAGCCAAGUGCAAAAUGUUAGUGAUCGUGCUUCUCCGGGUGAACUCCAACUUCAUUGUUUGUUUGACCAUGAAUUUCAAGAAUCUUGAUUUUGUUUUUUUAACCUUUUAGUGCGUUAGACUGUGGAAGUAUCCACCAAACUUAGCUCAAGUGGUUGCUCAGGGUAGUGUUUUGUGUAGUGCCCUUAAGCUCUAGUGGUUUAGUAAGAAUCUGUUUGAUGUCAGCUUAUAAUGGUUCUCUCUUUUUUUUGGCUAAUUGUGAAGGUGCACCCUGCAAUCUGUUUUGAUGCUUCUGAAGUAUCUGAGCAAGAAAAUGAAAAAACAUCGAUUAACUCA